UGCGAUUAUCCUUUGUUUUGGGCACUUUCUCUCCUCAAAAUUCCAGUUUAACCUAGUCUGUUUUAAGACUCUUUUAACCCCAAAAAUAGAAACACAAAUCACAAAAGAGUGAGAAAGAGGUCAUGAUCUCUGUUUCUUGUUGAUCUUUUGACCAAUUUGAUCUCGCUUAUGUUUAUUCAAUUGCUCUGUUUCUUCUUGUUCUUGUUUCUGCUUUUACAAGCCACCAUGUCUAAACGUUCUUUCAAGAAUUUCGUGGAGCAAGAACUCGGAUCUCUACCUAAAUUCUUCAUCUACACCAUUCUCGAAUGGGCUCUCAUCACCAUCCUCUUCAUCGACGGCGUUCUCGCCUUUCUAUCGAACCAAUUCGCCAGAUUCUUCGAACUCAACACUCCUUGUCUCCUCUGCAGCAGAAUCGAUCACGUUCUCGUCCCUAGAGACCCUCAAUUCUAUUACAAUGACUCAAUCUGCGACUCUCACAAGAAGAAAGUCUCCUCCCUUGCUUAUUGUCAUGUCCACAAGAAGCUCUCUGAGAUCAAACAUAUGUGUGAAGGAUGUCUUCUCUCUUUUGCCACCGAGAAAGAAUCCGACUGUGAUACUUAUAAGUCUCUCAUUGGGAUCUUACACAAAGACCUUGAGCUUCUCAUUGACGAUGAACGAGAUCUUCCCUUGGCUCUCAAGAAAGACGAAAAUUUUGUCCAGAUACCAGCAAAUCUGGUGGAUUACAAGACUAACAACAACAACAACAACAUUAAAAAUGACAGCUUGAAGCAACAUUGUUCUUGUUGCGGAGAAUUAUUGAAGAUGAAAUCUGAGAAGCAGCCUAAGAACAACACCAAUUCUUUCCUUGCUCCUGCUCCUUCUCCUAGGGUUUCGAACAACAAACCGUCUGAAACCGAAUCUGAGUUUAAGGACUUCGAUGUGGACAGAACACCGAGUUUUGUAAGAGGGGGUAACAAGUUCUUUGGGAUCCCUCUGUCUGAUUCGGCGCAAAACAGUCCACGAUGGUCCGUUCGAUCUCUCAGGAAAUCUCCUUUGGACAAGACAGAGAAUGCUUCGGACACGGCUGAUCCAAACGGUGAAUCCAUCCUUCAUCAGCUCAAGAAAGAGGUUCGCUUGGACAAGAAGUCACUGAUUGAUUUGUAUAUGGAGUUAGAUGAAGAGAGAAGUGCUUCAGCUAUCGCGGCAAACAACGCGAUGGCUAUGAUCACGAGGCUUCAAGCCGAGAAAGCGGCUGUUCAAAUGGAGGCUUUGCAGUACCAAAGAAUGAUGGAUGAACAAGCAGAGUAUGACCAAGAAGCUUUGCAGUCAAUGAACAGUGAAUUGGCGAAGCGGGAAGAGGAAAUGAAGGAGCUUGAAGCUGAAUUUGAGGCUUACAGAGAGAAAUAUGGAUCUUUGACUGAUGAUGAAGCCUCAAGACAAGAGUUUCUUGAAGACAACGGCAAUGUUAGUGCAGAUGAUGAUUCCAAAGAAACCAAACCAGUCUCAAAUGAGGAGAAUGGAGAAACCAUUGAUCAUAAUGGGCCUCAUAAAUCUGAAGAGUCUACCGUGGAAAAUGAUGUCUCUGCAGAGGAAGAGAAAGGUAUUGAAAGCAAAGAAGGGAUAGUGAAAGAGCUUUCAGCAAUCACAGAGAGGCUAAGUGCUCUCCAAUCGAAUGGUGAACUGUUGAAACAUAUGGCAGAUGUUUUAGAUGUUAGUGAAGGAGAAGCGAUUCUAUUGCAGAUAUCUCAGAAUUUGCACAUGCUUCGUAGUUUUGUUUCUAUGCCUUCGGAAUCUAUGAACUUGUAAUCCAUCUUUUAUUGUUUCUUAGGGAACAAGAAAGCUUCCAACGCCUUGUCUCAACUUCAAAACAUUUUUUUUAUUCACUCACUAAAAAGUUUCAUAUUUGCUCCAAGAACCUAAUAAACUCUUAAGAUGGUUUGAAUAAAGAUUGAAAAACCUGACUGGUGG